AUGCCUAACCAGUAUUAUUUGGGCUUACCAGUUGAAGAAAAGAACCGUUAUUUGGCCAAACUCAAAUGCAAUAACGUUACACUACCAGAAAAACAUGACAGAAACAGAUAGUGUUGACACUAGUAUUGCACCUUGCUGAGCAUCAUACAUUCCUUGCAUAAUCCAUAACUAUUCUGGUUACAUGCACAUUCCUGUGUAGAAAGUGCACUCUUUCUAUGACGUUGCUUAAAAAAUAUGAUUAUAUGAGACACAAACUGGGGCUAGUGGGCAGCAUGUGUAGCCAAUGCAAUUACUGUAGGUUAUUUAUUUAUAUAACAUGCAUUGAUGGAAAAACAUCUUGGGUCGUCUUGCUAGGUUACCACAACAAAAAUGACCAGGCAAUGAAACGCUUUCAAGUCACUGGAAACAGGUAUCAUGACGUUCAAAACGUAGCUAAAGCGUAUCUACUAGCAUUGAUCUAACGUUACUGUGUAUAAUGUAUACAAUGUUAGCUACGUUUAGCUAGCUAGCUAGCUAGCUACAAUCAAUUUAGUUAGUUAAUUAGUCAUAACUAUUGAAGGCUUGUUACUGUUCAGCUAGCUAUUAGCUAUCGCUUAUCAUGAGUUUACCUGAAACAAAGUCAGUGCUAGAGUGAGAGCACCUAUUCGACCACCUUCGUUUGACAAACAGGAAAACGUAAACUGAUUUGCAACUAUAUAUGAAAUAGGCGAAAUAUCGGUAACAACCUGUACCUAGUUAUGUAGGAAAAAUGUUGUUAUACUCCCGCGGUUAUUUUUUCAGUACUUUCACGAUUGUUUUUCUGUGCCAGCAAAUAAGUCAGAGGUGGUCCAGUGCUAGCUGUGAGUUUGGCCAAGUAACGGUUCUUUUCUUCGACUGGUAACCCCAAAUAAUACUGGCUUGACAUAGUUUUAACUAGCUAGCUAGCAUAAUUUACUUGUUAUUUAUUUUGCUUGUUAUCAGAAAUGGUCUAAAGGAUCUCUGUUGUUAUUGAUUGUUUGCGGAAGUCUGCCGGAAGUUAAGUUAGGGCCAGAACAACGCACAUGCGCAGUAACGUUUGUUUAUGUUGUUACCGUUGUUAAGCGUCUAUAGUAAGAUUCCUGGUUUGGAAUGUUAGCUAAAGAACGGAAUUGUGAAGUCGUAAAAUUGUGAUGUCAUAAGGGGUACUAUUUUGUAAUGGACUGGGUAUAAAAAAAGUGCUGCUUUCCUUUGGCACUGUCAGUGAUGGAGAAAAAUGCUUCACAAAGAAGUAAUGAGUUGGAACAGGAGAGGUUGAGAAAGUGGCUUGAGUUAGAGCUCGCCAUGGUUCGGAGUGAGCUGGAAGAUAGCCGGGCAGUGCAGGAGAAAAUGGAGUUUGUUCUUCAGAUUGAGCGAGCCAAGUGCCAACAACUGGAAGAAAAACAUGCCAAGAACAAGGUGAUGAAGGAAAAGCUGAUCAAGAAAAUAGCUCAAAUAGAGGAAAGUGCACUAAAGGUAGUGAGUAGCAACAAGCAGGUCAGCAUGAACUCUGAGUUCUGGGAGCUCCUGGAAUGUGAGAAGGCCAGGGGGGAGGUUACACAGUGCCAACUGCUGGUGGACCUAGCUGACACAAAAAAGAAAUUAGCAGUUCUUGAAGCAUCGCUUGAAGUGAAAACUCAUCUCUGCUCUGACCUAGAGCAGGAGAAAGUAUGCAUGCAAAGGGAUAUGCUCAUGCUUGAGAAAACAGUUCAAGAGAGCAAGAACCUGUUUGACCAAUCAGAACAUGGCAUACGUACCAUGAAGUGUGCCCUGGACAACAAGGAGCAGGAUGUCUUAACCAUGUCCCAGAAGUUACAGGAGGCCGUGUCAGCUUCUGAAGUCUUGGACAAGACGAUCAGAGCCCAAGAGAUGUCUCUACAGCUAAUGGAGAUUGAGAAUGCCAAACUCAAGGAUGUGGUGAACGAGCAGGCCAACAGAUUCCCUGUGCUGCAAAAGGAGGCCGAGAAGGCUACAUUGACUAAUAAAGAUCUGACGCAGCACCUCAGUCGAGCGGUGCAGAAGCAAACCCUUCUCUACAUAUACGCCCAUGGACAGCUGAAGGAGAAAGGGUCCCUACUGCUGAAUGAGAGGCAGAAGGCCAGUAAGGCCAAAGCACAGCAGGAGGUCCUUCAGGAGAGACUAGAAAAGAUGCAGAAUGAGGGCACACUGCUAAGUCAACAGUUGGAAGCAGCCAAUCAAAAAGCAGAGGCAAAAGAGCAGGAAGUCAUGCAGGAACGUUUGAAAACAAUGCACACAGAGAGCGAGGUGCUUGCCCUGCAGGACAAGAUGGAAAAGAUGCAGAAUGAGGGCACACUGCUAAGUCAACAGUUGGAAGCAGCCAAUCAAAAAGCAGAGGCUAAAGAGCAGGAAAUCAUGCAGGAGCAUUUGAAAACAAUGCACACAGAGAAUGAGGUGCUUGUCAUCCAGGAGAGACUGGAAAAGGUUCAGAAAGAGAAUAGACUGCUAAGUGAUCAGUUGGAAACAGCCAAUAAGAAAGCAGAGGCAAAAGAGCAGGAAGUCAUGCAGAAGCAUUUGAAAACAAUGCACACAAGGAAUGAUAUGCUUGCCCUGCAGGACAGACUGGAAAAGGUACUGAAUGAGGGAAUGAAGCUAAGCCAACAGUUGGAGACUGCCAAUAAGAUAGCAGAGGCAAAAGAGCAGGAAUUAGCUGACAUGCGGGAGCGUUUGAAGACAAUGUACACAGAGAAUGAGGUGCUUGCCCUGCAGGACAAGAUGGAAAAGGUGCUGAAUGAGGGCACACUGCUUAGCCAACAGUUGGAAGUGGCUAAUGAAAAAGCAGCGGCUAAAGAGCAGGAAGUCAUGCAGGAGCGUUUGAAAACAAUGCACACAGAGAAUGAGGUGCUUGUCAUCCAGGAGAGACUGGAAAAGGUUCAGAAAGAGAACAGACUGCUAAGUGAACAGUUGGAAACAGCCAAUAAAAAAGCAGAGGCAAAAGAGCAGGAAGUCAUGCAGAAGCAUUUGAAAACAAUACACACAAGGAAUGAUAUGCUUGCCCUGCAGGACAGACUGGAAAAGGUACUGAAUGAGGGAAUGAAGCUAAGCCAACAGUUGGAGACUGCCAAUAAGAUAGCAGAGGCAAAAGAGCAGGAAUUAGCUGACAUGCGGGAGCGUUUGAAGACAAUGCACACAGAGAAUGAGGUGCUUGUCAUCCAGGAGAGACUGGAAAAGGUUCAGAAAGAGAACACACUGCUAAGUGAACAGUUGGAAACAGCCAAUAAGAAAGCAGAGGCAAAAGAGCAGGAAGUCAUGCAGGAGCAUUUAAAAACAAUGCACACAGAGAAAGAGUUGCUUUGCCUGCAGGAGAGACUGGAAAAGGUGGAGAAUGAGCGAAUGAUACUAAGCCAACAGUUGGAAGCAGCCAAUCAAAAAGCAGAGGCAAAAGAGCAGGAAGUCAUGCAGGAGCACUUGAAAAUGAUGCACACAGAUAACGAGAUGUUUGCCCUGCAGGAGAGACUGGAUGAAGUGGAGAAUGAGAGCAUGAUGCUUAGCCAACAGUUGGAAGCGGCUAAUCAAAAAGCAGAGGCAAAAGAGCAGGAAAUCAUGCAGGAUUGUUUGAAAACGAUGCACACAAGGAAUGAGAUGCUUGCCCUGCAGGAGAGACUGGAAAAGGUACUGAAUGAGGGCACACUUGUAAGCCAGCAGUUAGAAGCGGCCAAUAAAAAAGCUGAAGCUAAAGAAGCGGAAGUGGCUGACAUGCAGGAACAUUUGAAAGCUAUGCAUUCAGAGAAGGAGAUGGCAGAGACAAGCAAGGAGAAGCUCACAGAGCUUCUCGCUCAGGUGAGGAGAGAUGGAUGGAGCACCCUUUGGAAACUACAACAGCAUCUGACUGACACACAAACAAAACUGACAACGUGUGAGGGGUUACUUGAAAUGCAUCCUCUCCACUGCAGUGAUCUUGAGGAGGAAAACAUAUCCAUGGAGAAAGACAUUAGCACGCUUAAGCAACUGCUGCAAGAGAACGAGGACAGCUGCACCCAGUCUGAGAGCUUUAUUUGUGAACUGAUUGCUAAACUUAACGAAAAGGAUAAUGAGAUUGUCACUGCCUCACAGAAACUGUUGGUCUCGUUAGACUCAAGAAACAAAGAGCCAGCCCUUGAAAUGGCAGAGAUCCAGGAGCAACCACAUGGGGGUGACACAGACAGAUGGGACAUGGUGUGGCAACUGCAGCAGAAACUGGCUGAUGCAAAAAUAAAUCUGUUGACAUGUGAGGCAUCGCUCAAAGUCAACACUAACCACUGCAGAGAUCUGGAAGAGGAAAAAGAGUCCAUGCAGAAGGACGUGAUUACUCUCAAAGGGACCUUGCGAGAGAUGGAAGACAUGUAUGCCCAAUCAGAGCAGCAUGUUCACAACCUGAUGGCCUUCUGUGAUGAGAAAGAUUAUCAGAUUUGCACUCUCUCCGAGCAGCCACAGGUCUCAUCAGCUUCUAAAAGCACGAAAAUGUCAGCCUCUAAAAAGGCAGAAGUCCACGAUGGUGAGGAGAAAGACAUACAGAACACUCAGUGGCAACUGCAGAAGGAGCUUGCUGCUACAAAAAUUAAACUGUCUGUACAUGAGGCAUCACUAAAAGUCAAGGCUAAACACUGCAGAAAUCUGGAUGAAGAAAACCGUUCCAUGACGGAGGACAUAAAUGCACUUAAGGGGAAGUUAUGGGAAGGGGAAGACAAGUGUGCCCAGUCAGAGCAGCGUGUCUGUAAUCUGACAGGCUCUUGUGAGGAUAAAGAUCAUCAGAUCCACUCACUGUUCGAGAAGCUACAGGCCUGCUCUAAUUCAAGUGGCAAAGACCUUAAAAACACAGAGAACCAGGACCAUCUAGACAGUGAGGAGACCAACAUACAGAACACAGUGUGGCAAAUUCAGCAGGAACUGGCUGAUACAAAGACAAAACUGUCAACGUGUGAGGCAUCGCUCAAAGUCAGUGCUAACUAUUGCAGAGAUCUGCAGGAGGAAAAACAGUCCAUGCAGAAGGACAUAAACACACUCAAGAGGAGGCUGUGGGAAAGUGUGGAUAAGUGUGCUCAGUCAGAAGACCUUGCACACAGCAUGAUGACAUCCUGUGCUGAAAAGGAUCACCAGAUUUGUGCUCUCUCCAAACAGCUGGAGGUCUUAACAGCCUUGAAAGGGAGGAAGUCUAAAAAAACAAGGAUCCAGGACAGCGAGGAGAUAGACAGACAGAACACGGCAUGGCAACAGCAGCAGGAACUGGCUGACACAAAAACAAAGCUGGCGACGUGUGAGGCAUCACUCAAAGUCAAGGCUGAACACUGCACAGAUCUGGAAGAGGAAAACCAGUCCAUGCAGAAGGACAUAGUCUCUCUCAAAGAGAGGUUAUGGGAAAGAGAGGACAAGUGUAUGCAAUUAGAGCAGGGUAUGCAAAACAUAAUAACCAGUGAGGAUACAGAUUAUCAGAAUCACACUCUGUCCAAGAAGCUGCAUGCCCCCUCAGGCUCAAAAAGGAAAGAGCCAGACCUUAAAAACACAGAUAUCCAGGAGCAUCUAGACAGCGAGGAGACAGAAAGAUGGAACACUUUGUGGCAAUUGCAAAAUGAACUUGCUGACACCAAAGCAAAACUGCUGACAUGUGAGGCGGCACUCAAAAUGAACACUAACGGUUUCAGGAAUUUGGAGGAGGAAAACCAGUCCAUGCAGAGGGACAAAGUUACUCUCAAAGGGAGGUUGCAUGAGAGCAAAGAAACCUGUGCCCAAUUGGAGCAGCAUAUUUGUAACCUGAUGGCCUCCUGUGAUGACAAAAAUAACCAGAUCUGUGCUCUCUCGAAAGAGCUGCAAGUCUUAUCAGCCUCAAAAAGCAAGAAGUCUCAAAAAGUAAAGAUCCAGGACACUGUGGAGACAGACAAACAGAACAUGUUGUGGCAACUCCAGCAGGAACUGGUUGACACAAAAACAAAACUAGCAACAUGUGAGGCAUCGCUCAAAGUCAAGGCUAAACACUGCAGAGAUCUAGAAGAGGAAAAACAGUCCAUGCAGAAGGACAUAGUAACUCUCAAAGGGAGGCUGUAUGAGACUGAGAACAUGCAUGCCCAAUCGGAACAACAUAUUUGCAAGCUGAUAGCCUCCUGUGAUGACAAAGACCACCAGAUCUGCACUCUCUCCAAGGAGCUGCAGGUCUUAUCAGCCUCUGUGGGCAUAGAAAGGACCUUUGAGCAGGCAGAGGAGUCACAGAAAACUCUAUGUCAGCUGGAAGCUGAAAUCAUCAAUCUGCAGGCCAUGGCCGAACAGCAGACAAGUGUGGUUGCAGCGCUACAGAAAGAGACUGCUGAGGCAACAAGGGUGAAAAAAGAUUUGGAGGAGCUCAAUCAGCAGAUGAAGGAGCAAAUCCCCCUAAAUGCAGAUGAACAAAUGAAGGAAAGAAUAGCAGCACUCCGAGAAGAGAAGGAGAAGGCCAUCCUGCAGCAAGAGGCCUUUGAGAAGCAACUGGAAGAUGUGCAAAAUGAGAAAAAAGUCCUCCACCAACAGCUUAAGGAGGCCCAGAUGAAGGAAGCGGCUAGAGAAAAGACAGGGACAGAUGUUCAGAAUGACAGGUUUACUAAAAUGCAGGCACACUAUGAGAAGAAAGUAAAGGAACUGGAGAAAAGAAGUGAAGAAUUGGCCUAUAGAUAUGCCGCACUCCAGGAGCAUCCGGGCAGUGAUAAGACAGACAGAGAGCACAAUUGGAGAAAAGUAAAGCAGGAUCUGGUCGACAUGCAGUCUAAAUCGCUGGUGGAAAAUGUGUCCCUUGAGGUCAUUUCUCGUCACUGCAGUAAUCUUGAGAACCAAGAACAGGAAAACAUGGAUCUGGACCUGGAGAGCCUUAAUGGAAUGAUUAAAGAGUGUGAGAACUUUCUCUUUAUCUAGAAGCUGCAGACAGAUCCUGUCAGCCUCAUUAGGUAUGAACAAGAAUGUGUGUCUUCCCCAUAUAGCAAGGGGAUAUAAAUGCACAUCCAUUUGUGCUCAGAUUAAUUAUUUGUAAACAGCAGAUUUUCCUUCAGGACACUUAAUGUUAUGCAAUGUAUUUUUUCUUUUUGCAGAAAGCCCCCCCCCCCCCAAGUUAAGGAGUUAAAUGCAGAACACCCCUAGUAUUUAUCCAUUGUCUUUCAAAAAGAGAACUAUGGCUCCUGACAUAAUUUUAGACCUAGAGAUAAUGUUGAAGAAGGUGAAGGCAUAAGCUUGCUGUAAUGACAACAUGAGCAAUGUGGAGUUGAUUCCUACUAAGCAUAUUUCAUUAAAAAAAUUAGAUGCAGGG